CAUUCUUGGCAAUGUUGACCCAGGCCAUCUGGGUCUCCACCGUGGAAGGGCUGUCUGCCCUCGGGUUCUCUAAAGGAUUUUUAAAAGAGCUUCUGCACUUGAUCUGCUGGGGCGUCUGCACUGUGGGCCUGACAGGGGUUUGUAGGAGAACCCGAGAGAGUGUGAGCAUUGUCAGCCACUAAAUGUACCCCUGAAAGAUCCCUCAAAAUGAGAUUCCCAGCAAAGACCCUGUGGCUCGUGUUAUGGACGGGCUGUGUAGCGCAAGACUGUGUGACACCUCCUCCGAAGAAAGAGAGGGAAAUUCUGCAGGGCUCCUGGUCUGAACAGAGCUAUGAAGAGGGCACUAAGGCCACAUACAAGUGCCGGCCUGGGUUCAGGACAUACGGCGUGAUUACAGUGCAGUGCAGGGAAGGGCAAUGGGUGGACCUCAACCCAGCAAAAAUAUGCCAGAAAAAGCCCUGUGGACACCCCGGAGACACGCCCUUUGGCUCAUUCGACCUUGUAACAGGAGACAAAUUUGAAUACGGGGCCAAGGUGGUGUAUACGUGCGAUGAGGGGUACCAAAUGAUAGGUGAGAUUAAUUUCCGGGAAUGCGAAGCAGAUGGAUGGACCAACGACGUUCCUCUAUGUGAAGUCGUUAAGUGUUUGCCAGUGGCAGCCCCAGAGAAUGGGAGAGUUGUCAGUGGUGCGUUCAACCCAGACGAGGAAUACUCUUUUGGACAGGUGAUCAAGUUUGAAUGUAAUCCAGGCUUCAUGCUUUCUGGCCCUAAAGAAAUACAUUGCUCAGAAAAUGGUCUUUGGAGUGGAGAAAAACCAGGUUGCGUGGGAAUUUCCUGCCAAAGACCAGAAAUUCCGAACGGAGAGCCGGCAUCCCCGAAGACCACGUACAGGGAGAAUGAAAGGCUUCAGUACAAAUGCUACCCGGGCUACAGCUACGGCGAAAGAGCGGAGGCCGUGUGCACCCAGUCUGGGUGGGUGCCGCGCCCCUUCUGCAGAGAAGUGACAUGUGAUCCUCCAACUAUUGCCAACAGCCACUACAUUCCCGACAGGACCUCAUACAGACUUGGGCAUAGACUCACGUACCAGUGUAAAAGCGGCUUUUAUCACUCAGCCCGAGGCAGCACGUCAGAAUGCACCGAUAUCGGCUGGCAUCCUCCUCCAAGGUGCAGCUUUAAGCCAUGUGAAUAUCCAGAAAUAAAGCAUGGGUACCUAUCCUGGGGAAGCAGAUCUGAACGAUACUUCCCAGCUGCUGUGGGACAAUAUUUUUACUACUACUGUGAUGGCAACUAUGCGCCGCCUACACGGGACGACUGGGACAUAAUUACUUGUACAACAGACGGAUGGUCGCCUGACAUUCCCUGCCUCCGAAAAUGUAUUUUCAAUUAUUUGGAGAAUGGAAAAUAUCCGAGGUAUGGACAAAAGUAUUUACAGGGUCAGUCUGCUAAAGUCACCUGCGAUCCUGGUUACAGUCUCCCAAACCAGCAGACCACAUUGACGUGUACGGAGAAUGGCUGGUCCCCUCCUCCCAAAUGCAUCCGUGUCGUCACAUGUUUAAAGUCGGAUAUAGAAAUUGAGAAUGGAUUUUUUUCUGAAUCUGAACUGAAAUACCCCUUACAUACAGAAACACAAUACAAGUGCAAACAAGGUUACUUAACAGAAGAUGGUCAGACAUCAGGAACGAUCACGUGUCUGCAGCGUGGAUGGUCCACUCGCCCCAGGUGCAUUAAAUCUUGUGAUAUGCCAGUGUUUGAGAAUGCCAGAGCCAGAACUGGCAGCACAUGGUUUAAGGUCAAUGACAGGUUGGACUAUGAGUGCCAGGAUGGAUAUAAAAACAGAGACGGACGCACCACAGGCUUCAUAGUGUGUGGUCACAGUGGCUGGUCUGAUACACCCGCCUGUCACGAACAUUGUGACAUGCCACUGUUUGAGAAUGCCACAGCCAUCAUCACUGGAAAAGCAUUUAAGCCCAAUGACACGCUGGACUACCAGUGCCUGGAUGGGUACGAAACCCGAGAUGGACACACCUCAGGCACCAUGGUGUGUGGAAAGGAUGGCUGGUCGGGCUUGCCAAGCUGCUUCAAAUCUGCAGAAAAGUGCGGUCGUCCUCCAGCUGUUAGCAAUGGAGACAUCACCUCCUUCCCACUGACUGCCUACCCUCCGGGGUCAAGAGUUGAAUACCAAUGCCAGGCCUACUAUGAACUUCAGGGUCCUAAAUAUGUAACCUGCAGUGAUGCUAAGUGGUCCGAACCACCAAAAUGUCUAGAUCCCUGUGUCAUAUCUGAAGAAACCCUGAAUGAAAAUAACAUACGGUUGAAAGGGAAAGAGGACAAGACACACUACGCAAAAACAAGGGAUAUCAUAGAAUUUACGUGUAAACUGGGACACAGUGCAGUGACUUCAGUGCAGUCACUUGAAGCCAUGUGUCGGGAAGGGACAGUGCAGUUGCCCAGAUGUGAAUGAAGGAGCU